AUGGAACCCAGUUUUACAUCCGAGGCAUUGCCUAUCAAGGUGAUCAUCACCACAUCACUCAAGACUGGUAUGCCUAUUGAAAUUGCUAACCGUAUCACAGAGGACUAUGACGCGGGAGGGGCCACUGGAACUGGACAAUCUACCGACGUGCGCUACAAAGAUCCUCUGGCCGAUGGCUCUGCCUGCGAGCGUGACAUUCCAUAUCUUUUGAAGCUGCGGACAAAUGUCAUUCGUACCUAUGCUGUGGACCCAAAAAGGAACCAUGAUGACUGCAUGGGAAAAUUGGCCGAUGCAGGCAUCUAUGUGAUUGCUGAUCUCGCAUCUCCUGAGGUCUCCAUCGUGUCCGAUUCGCCCGCCUGGACGAUUGAUCAGUACAACCGGUACACCUCUGUCAUCGAUGCAUUUCACCAGUAUGACAAUGUCAUUGGGUUCUUCGCUGGCAACGAGGUUGUAAACCACAAGAACCAGACGAUGGCAGCGGCCUUUGUGAAAGCCGCAACCCGGGAUAUGAAAGCUUAUGUCAAGGCUAAAGCGUACCGAACCUCGUUGGCUUUUGGCUACGCCACCACGGACUCUCCUGAUUUCCGAACGGAGCUUUCUGACUAUCUCAGCUGCGGGGAUCGGUCGACUGCUAUCGACUUCUUUGGCUACAAUAUCUACGAGUGGUGUGGCGACAAUACCUUCGAGGCUUCUGGAUACAAGAACCGCACGCAGGAUUACAAAGACUACUCCAUUCCGGUGUUCUUCUCAGAAUAUGGAUGCAACACGGUCAAGCCUCGCAAGUUCAGUGAUGUCCCUGUGUUAUUUGGCUCUGACAUGGACGAUGUAUGGAGUGGAGGUAUUGUCUACAUGUACUUCCAAAGUACCAACGACUAUGGGCUUGUGUCAGUCGACGGGAGCUCUGUCUCUACCGAAGCUGGUUUCAGCUACUACUCCCAGGCAAUAGAAAGCGCCACUCCUUCGGGGAUCAACGGUGGUAGUUACUCUCCCACCAACUCUCCCCGCGCUUGUCCUACUGUCGACAACAAAUGGAAAGCUGCUGCCAGCCCUCUUCCUCCUUCCCCGAACCAAGACCUGUGCGAUUGCAUGAUCAGUAGUCUAUCUUGUGUGGUGGCAGAGUCUGUUCAUAUUAACCAAUAUGGCGCCUUGUUUGGCACAGUGUGUGGAAACGAUCAAGGCGCCUGCGAAGGAAUCGUGAACAAUGCAUCCUCUGGGAGUUUUGGUUCUUUCGCUGCCUGUGCAAGCAAGGAUCAGCUCUCCUACGCUUUCAAUCGCUAUUAUCAGAACGAAAAGCAAAACAAGCAGGCGUGCGAUUUCAGUGGAGCUGCCACUCUCCAGUCGGCGAAGGACCCUACUGGAAGCUGCAAGUCACUUUUGAGUCAGGCUGGUGCAUCUGGAACGGCCCAAGUCACUGGGGGCGGAGGAGCCGCAGCCACUACAUCGAAGGGGGUGGCUGUUUCCAGGCACACCCCGCCAACGAUUGGCUGGGGCCAUUUCGCUGCUGUGGUUUACGCUCUUGCCGCAAUAAUAGCCUGGGUCUUUAUGAUUUGGCUUUAG